AUGCUUAGACAUAUUAGACGCCUUUCUAUAACCAGGGUAAAUGCUAAGACUCUGUACAGUAAUACCUUACAACUUCCAAAGACAGACUUCGGACCUAAAGUUCCUUCUGGAUCUUCAAAGGAUGAAUUAAUUAAGCUCGUUUCUGAAGAUCUUUAUGAUUGGCAGUUGAGUAGAGAUAACUAUAACGAACGGUGGAUAUUUCAUGAUGGGCCUCCAUAUGCCAAUGGAGACUUACAUUUGGGACAUGCCUUAAACAAAGUAUUGAAGGAUAUUAUAAAUCGUUUCGAAUUAAUUAAGAAUAAUAAAAAAGUCAUCUAUCAGCCAGGGUGGGAUUGCCAUGGCUUGCCUAUUGAAAUGAAGGCUAUAUCUAAUUCUGAAAAGGCUAGCGAACUUCAGCCCACAGAAAUCAGAUCGUUGUGUCGUACUUUAGCAAUGUCGAUGAUUGACAAACAAAGAGAACAAUUUAGGGAGUUUGGUAUAAUGACAGACUUCAAUAAUCCGUACAUUACGUUGUCAAAGAACUAUGAAAGUAAACAAUUGCAAGUGUUUUUGAAACUAAUGGAGAACGGUCUUUUAUCUAGGCAAUUGAAACCAGUUUGGUGGGGUUGUGAAACACAGACUGCGCUAGCAGAAGCAGAGUUAGAAUAUAAUAAUGCCCAUCAUUCCGUGGCUACAUAUGUCAAGUUUCCACUUGCUUCUUCGGAAUUUUACAAGAAAUUGAGCGAAAAGUAUCCUUUCUUAAAGAUAAAUAAACAUGACGUGAAAUUAUUAAUAUGGACGUCUACUGCUUGGACUAUUCCUGCGAACCAGGCAAUUUGCAUACAUAAAGAUUUAAGUUAUACUCUCAUCUACAAUUAUGUGACAAAUGAACAUUUAGUUGUUGCAGAAUCUUUGGCAAAUGACUUAUGCAAGCUUGAUGAAUCAUAUAGACGCUACUCUGAGCCACUUACCUUUAAAGGUAAUGAAUUACUAAACUUGGAGUACAUGAAUCCCGUUAUUGGUCCACAGUAUUUAUUCCCUAUUUUACAUGGUGACCAUGUUUCUGCAACGGCCGGUUCCGGUUUAGUUCACACUGCACCAGCACAUGGCGGUGAAGAUUAUUUGAUAGGAUGCAAGCAUAAUUUGAAAAUUAUGUCAUCAGUAAAUGGUCAAGGUAUGUUUAUCGAGGAUAAUAUUCCCGAAGGAUUUUCUUCAUUAAAAGGCGAAUAUGUCAACAAGAAGGAAGGCUUAUGGAAAUGCAUUGAUAUAAUGAAAGAAAACAAUAUGAUUUUCCACAUUAAUAAAAAGUACAAGCAUUCAUACCCGUAUGACUGGAGAUCAAAUAAACCAGUAAUUCAAAGGGCAACACCUCAAUGGUUUGUAAAUGUUGAAAAAAUCAAACCAACUGCGAUCGAAGCCCUUGAAAAAGUAGAGUUUUUACCAGAAAACGGUAAAAAUAGAUUAAAGCUGUUCAUUAGUAAUAGAAAUGAAUGGUGUAUAUCGAGACAGAGAACAUGGGGGGUUCCAUUACCAAUAAUAUAUCAUAAGGAAAGUGGUGAGCCUAUUGACGAUAUUGAAGUUAUAAGGUUUACAAUUGAUCGCAUGACUAAGUUUGGUACUGAUAGUUGGUUUACUAAAGAAGACGAUAUCUCCAGAUGGUUACCUGACUCAUACAAGGAUCUGGGAAAAUUAUACGUUAAAGGACAAGAUACUAUGGAUGUCUGGUUUGACUCUGGUACAUCAUGGUCAACCUUAGGUGAUGAUAUGGAUGUAUUAUCGAGGAGCGAGUCACCAUUGGCUGAUAUUUAUCUUGAAGGUAGUGACCAACAUAGGGGGUGGUUCCAAUCUUCAUUGUUGAAUAAGAUCAUUGCGUCUGGAGUAAAUGGCAAUAAUUUCAAGCCUGUUGCUCCGUUCAAGAAAAUUGUUACACAUGGGUUUACAUUGGAUAGUAAGAAUGAUAAAAUGUCUAAAUCCAAGGGUAACGUUAUUUCACCAAAGCAUGCUAUAAAUGGAGGUGGAAAGCCAUUCCUUCCAAGUUUAGGAACCGAUGGAUUGAGGUUAUGGGUUGCGUCGUCUAAUUUUACUCAGGAUGUCAACGUUAGUGGUGAAAUUCUCACCAGAGUAUUUGAAAACGUUAAGAAAUUAAGAGUUACUUUGAAAUAUAUGUUAGGGAAUUUAAAUGAUUUCAAAGAAAGUGAUAGGGUUAGCUAUGAUGAUUUAAAUCCUAUGGACAAGUUAGUUUUAUCGAAACUUUUCAGAUUACAAGAAACUUGCAUCGAAUACUACAAAGACCACAAUUUUUCAAGAGUUGUCAAAGAUAUUAGUACACAUAUGAGUGUGGAUUUGAGUGCUCAGUACUUUGAUAUUUCAAAAGAUUGUCUUUACACAGAUUCUAAAGACUCGAAAAGACGGAGAAGCAUCCAGACAGUAUUACAGACAAUAUUGAAAACGUAUAUUGGGUUGCUUGCACCUAUCCAACCAUUACUAGUUCAAGAAGUCUGGAACGUAUGUCCGGAAUAUUUGAAAAAUAAUAACAAAUCGCCAUUUGCGGUUGGUUGGGAUUUUUAUCAAAUUCCGAAGGUCUAUUUGCAAAAAUCUAUAGAACAAGAUUUUUCUAAGAUAUGGCAAGUUAAAGACACACUUUACAAAUCUUUGGAAGACCUCCGUUUGAAUGGCACUUUCAAGAACAAAUUGGAAACUCAGAUUAAUAUCGUCGUCGAUAAAGAGUCUUCAAUAGGAAAAUUAUUGACUUCACACCAAACUUUCUUGGACGAUUAUUUUCUUGUUUCUAAGGUCUAUGUCAAUGGAGAUCCACUUCAGGAUGCAUCCUAUUUUCAUGAAACUUCAUUGACUAUUGAUGAACAAGAAAUUAAGAUACAAAUAGCUCCAUCUCCUAAUGCUAAAUGUCCAAGAUGUUGGAAGUUUGUGUCUGAAUCUGAAGACAUAUUAUGUACAAAGUGUGAUACAGUAGUUCACAAACACUAG